AUGCUGCAGCAUCUCUUGGUGUUGUGGAGUCAACAAAUGCUUCCAGUAUCGGCAAGAAUCCCCAAAGCUAGCAAAGUUGCUCCUGCCUCCACCAGCCCACUCUGUAAGUUCGCUUUCCUGAGUCGCUCGACAGUCAAGGUCGAAACAGAUCCAGCCUGUAAAGGACGUAGUCUGUGCACUCAAUAUCGGAAUCCGAUUCCAGAUGAUGAUCCACAGAAGCGAUACGAUUCGCAUGGUCUAGUAAUUUUGCCGCUGGUCCAAUCCUGUCUUUCCUCUGCGCAUCCACAAGGCCUAGGCGAUUCAAACCGGUUAAGUCAUCCGGAAGAGACUUCAAAGAGCGAAUUGGGAAUAUGCCAUUUGGCAGACAACAGUUUGGCCAAACCAACUGCAUUUGGCAAAGACUCAAAAUCAGCUGUACAGUGA